AGCUUUUCAAAGGGCUGGGAGGUGGAUGGAAAUGUUUGCUUAGCUCCUCUGAGGAGAAGAGAAAAGGUGCUGGGAACUCUUGUUUCUUCUUUAGAAUAAUUUGGAUGGGAUUUUUGAUGCAGAAAAGCUUAAAGAAACAAGAAUAUCCAUUCUGUGUGGUGGAAAAUUUCUGAAAAAAUUUGCUUUCUUCAAACAAGGGUGCCAUUUAGAUACUUAUGGGGAUUGUUGUUCUCACUAUGAAGGCAUCUGUUAUUGAAAUGUUCCUUGUUUUGCUGGUGACUGGAAUACAUUCCAAUAAGGAACUGGAAAAGAAGAGCAAAAGGCCUAAGUUCACUGUGCCUCAGAUCGACUGUGAUGUCAAAGCUGGAAAGAUAAUCAAUCCCGAGUUCAUUGUGAAGUGUCCAGCGGGAUGCCGAGACCCCAAGUACCACGUUUAUGGCACCGGUAUCUAUGCUUCAUACUCCAGCAUAUGCGGAGCUGCAGUGCACAGUGGUGUGCUCGAUAAUUCAGGAGGGAAGAUACUUGUUCAGAAAGUGGCUGGACAGUCCAGUUACAAAGGCAGUUACUCCAACGGCGUCCAGUCGGUGUCUCUACCACGAUGGAGAGAAUCCUUCAUUGUCUCAGAAAGCAAGCCCAAAAAAGGUGUGACCUAUCCAACGGCUCUUAUAUAUUCAUCAUCCAAAACUCCGGCUACCAAAGCAGAUGAGACCUCCAAAGCCUAUCAAAGGCCAUCUGUUCCAGGGACAACUGCACAGCCAAUGGCCCUGAUGCAGGUCUUGGCUACCCUGGAAGCUGAGGCCACCCACACUGCCUUGCCAAAGCCAUCUCUACUGGUGGCCUCUACCAGACCACUGCCCAUGGGCCACAGGAGCUGGGAGACGGGAUUUGUUCCAAAAGAAGAAUUAAGCACACAGGCUUUGGAGCCAGUGUCCCAGGGAGAUCCGAACUGCAAAGUUGACUUGUCGUUUUUAAUUGAUGGGAGCUCCAGCAUCGGCAAGCGCCGGUUCCGAAUCCAGAAGCAGUUCCUGGCUGAUGUUGCACAGGCCCUGGACAUCGGCCCCUCCGGUCCUCUGAUGGGCGUUGUUCAGUACGGAGACAAUCCUGCUACCCAGUUUAACCUCAAAACUCACACGAAUUCUCGAGAUCUGAAGGCAGCCAUAGAGAAAAUUACCCUGAGAGGAGGACUUUCUAAUGCAGGCCGGGCCAUCUCUUUUGUGACCAAGAACUUCUUUUCCAAAGCCAACGGAAACAGAGGUAGUGCCCCCAACGUGGCUGUGGUGAUGCUGGAUGGCUGGCCCACGGACAGAGUAGAGGAGACGUCAAGACUCACCAGAGAGUCAGGAAUCAACGUCUUCUUCAUCACCAUUGAAGCUGCUGUUGAAAAUGAGAAGCAGUAUGCGGUGGAGCCCAACUUCGCCAACAAGGCUGUGUGCAAAACGAAUGGCUACUACUCGUUCAAUGUGCAGAGCUGGUUUGGCCUCCGCAAGAUGGUGCAGCCCCUGGUGAAGCGGAUCUGCGACACAGACCGCCUGGCCUGCAGCAAGACCUGCCUCAACUCGGCCGACAUUGGCUUCGUCAUCGAUGGCUCCAGUAGCGUGGGGACCGGCAACUUCCGCACAGUUCUGCAGUUCGUGGCCAACCUUAGCAAGGAGUUUGAGAUCUCAGACACCGACACGCGCAUCGGGGCCGUGCAGUACACCUACGAGCAGCGGCUGGAGUUUGGGUUUGACAAGUACCACACCAAGGCUGACGUCCUCAACGCCAUCAAGAGUGUGGGGUACUGGAGUGGGGGCACCAGCACGGGCGCUGCCAUCCACUAUGCCCUGGAGCAGCUCUUCAAGAAGUCCAAGCCCAGCAAGCGGAAGUUAAUGAUCCUGAUCACAGACGGCCGAUCCUACGACGACGUCCGGCUCCCAGCCAUGGCUGCCCAUCAGAAGGGCGUGAUCACCUACGCCAUAGGUGUUGCAUGGGCUGCGCAGGACGAGCUGGACGUCAUCGCCACUCACCCCGCCAGGGACCACUCCUUCUUUGUGGAUGAGUUUGACAACCUCCACACAUCCGUCCCCAAGGUCAUCCGGAACAUCUGUACCGAGUUCAACGCACAGCCUCGGAACUGAAUUUAGAGCAGCAGAACACGGCAGACGCUGGCUUGCUGACUCCCUCUUGGGACCGUGCCUGGGUUGUAAUUUCAGGGCACUUGCAGGGUGGCAGGGCUUGGGUGGGGCUUGGGAAGCAGAGGCGCUGCUAUUCUUUGCCAGUGCAGUUGUUGCAGUUCCAAACGUGGAGUUAGAAAGGUGAUCGUCAAUGCACACGGUAAGCCAAAGUUGGACAUCAUUUUGAGGGUGCUCGCAUCUUUGCUUUCGAGAAUUGUUUUCAAAAUGUUCAGAAGAGAAGGCUGCACUUAGACCAAAAUCGAGCUUUUGUGAAAACUUUCAAGUUUUUAUUUCUGAUAAGGACUCUAUUCCUCAAGUUUCAUUUCACCAUGAUGAUGUAGAAGUUGCUUAAUUAAACA